AUGCCAUCACAUGUGCCGCACAGCCACCCCUCCCUGCCGACAUACGAUGACAUGAAGGGGCAGUGCGUGAAGCUGGUGUCCAACAAGCACCUCGCAGCGCUGGCACUUAAAGCCGGUGUGCCUGCCCUCGUCCGCUGCAAGCCCUUCAGACCGUCGGAUUGGAUCGGCCCUCUCAUCCCCCCCUCCCACGCUGUGCUGCUUCUGGCUGAUUCCCUCUCUCACGCUCUCUCACCCUCCCCCUCACACCCCCCCUCACACUCCCCCUCACACUCCCCCUCACCCUCCCCCUCACACUCCCCCUCACACUUCCAGUCACAAGCAGCAGCACCUCUUUCAUCCCCCUCUCAAAUUACCACAGCUUCCCAGAACCUUCCUCCUAGCUCCAAAGCCCUUCUGGACUCUGCGUUCGCCUCGCUGGCAGCGGCACAGGCAGCAGCCGCCGCCAAGCCAGCACGCCAGCUGGGCAAGAAGACGCUUGCUGACGUGGCGGAGGCCCUGGUCGGCGCCAGCUGGCGGUGCGGCGGCGCUGACAUGGCGCUGCCGGUGCUGAGAGGAGUGCGUGCAUCAGCAUCAGCAUCAGCAUCAGCAUCAGCAUCAGGACCCGCAGCUGGAGCUGCCGCAGGAGGUGCAGGGUGUGCAGGGUGUGAAGUCUCCGAAAGGCAAGUUGCAGCAGCAGCAGCAGCAGCAGCAGCAGCAGCAGCAGCAGCAGCAGCAGCAGCAGCAGCAGCAGCAGCAGCAGCAGCAGCAGCAGCAGCAGCAGCAGCAGCAGCAGCAGCAGCAGCAGCAGCAGCAGCAGCAGCAGCAGCAGCAGCAGCAGCAGCAGCAGCAGCAGCAGCAGCAGCAGCAGCAGCAGCAGCAGCAGCAGCAGCAGCAGCAGCAGCAGCAGCAGCAGCAGCAGUCUCUCUCUCCACCAUCCCACAACGCACUACCGGGCCAAUCCAUACGCCAGCCUGGCUUCCCGGGACCUUACGUUGCCAGAACGAAAUGCAAGCGCCACGUGGCAGCACAUGA